GACACUGUCAGUAUUUAUGUAAUCUCUCUGGACUCCUAGAACUCAAAGUUAGAAAGUUGUACAUUCCCAGUUUUGAAUGCCCUCCUCUCUGUGCAUUGCAGAAGGCCUCUCUCCAGUGGUGCUUCCCUGGUGUCCUAGGGGAAAGUGCACACUGUCACCAUGGCAGGAGGCCAAAGCCGGAGAUGAAAGGGUGAGGGCUGGCCACUGGGCAGCCUUGAUGGCAGAAUGGGUGGAGCCUCAAAGGUUCAGGUCUUAAAUCCUUACCUGGCUUGAUCCAGAUAUCUACCCAUUUGAAAACCACUUAGGAUACGAAGGCAUUAUGAAAAACCUCUAUUUCAGAGUCAUUACCAUAGUUAUAGGUCUUUAUUGUACUGGAAUAAUGACAAAUGCAUCAAGAAAAAGCAAUAUUUUAUUCAAUUCUGAAUGCCAAUGGAAUGCAUAUGUUCUGACAAAUUGUUCUUUUACCGGAAAGCAUGAUAUACCUGUGGACAUAUCACCGACAGCAGCCACUGUGGAUGUAAGUUUCAAUUUCUUUAGAGUUCUCUUACAGUCUCACACGAAAAAAGAAGAGUGGAAAAUAAAACAUCUGGACCUCAGUAACAAUCUCAUAUCAAAAAUAACCUUAAGCCCUUUUGCAUAUUUACAUGCUUUGGAAGUGUUAAACCUCAGCAACAAUGCCAUCCAGUCCCUCUCAUUGGAUCUACUCAGUCCUAAGUCCUCAUGGGUGAAACGCCACAGAAGCAGCUUCAGAAACAGGUUUCCAUUGUUGAAGGUGCUCAUUCUUCAAAGAAAUAAACUCAGUGACACUCCCAAGGGACUGUGGAAACUGAAGUCAUUGCAGAGUUUGUAUCUGUCAUUCAAUGGGAUAUUGCAAAUAGGGUGGUCUGAUUUUCACACCUGCCUGCAACUGGAGAAUCUCUAUUUAAAGAGCAACAAGAUAUUCAAAAUUCACCCACAAGCCUUCAAGGACCUCAAAAAAUUACAGGUCAUAGACCUUAGCAACAAUGCUCUGACUACCAUCCUACCAAUGAUGAUCAUAGCUCUAGAAUUUCCCCAUCUGGUGGUUGACUUGGCUGAUAAUAACUGGCCGUGUGAUGAUAGUGUGGCAGUCUUUCAAAAUUUUAUUUCUGAAUCCUGGAGGAAAAAGUGGAAUGUCAUUUGCAACAGGUCUAUAGGGAGUGAGGAGGCCAACGGGGGUACUCCCCAGAGCAGGGUUUCCAGGGAAAGCCGCCUUCCUCCCAUUCAUCUGCAUCGCAUGAAAAGCCUCAUAAGGACUAAAGCAGAGAGGACCCAGGGAGGGAGGCACGCGGGCAUUUCCACUAUGGGGAAGAAGGCAAAGGCCGGCUCUGGUCUCAGGGAGAAGCAGAGACGGCUGCCAAGGAGUGUUAGAAGCACCCGCGAUGUGCGGGCUGCCGGCAGAAAGGAGGACGCUCCCCAGGACCUGGCUCUGGCAGUGUGCCUGUCAGUGUUCAUCACAUUCCUCGUCGCCUUCAGCCUGGGGGCUUUCACAAGGCCUUAUGUUGACAGACUGUGGCAAAAAAAGUGCCAGAACAAAAGCCCUGGCCCUGACAACGCGUAUUCAAACAAGGGCUUCUACGAUGACAUCGAAGCUGCGGGGCACACACCACACCCAGAGACACAUCAGCGCCAAGCAUUUCCUCAUCUAAGCCUCUACGAGAACCAGACCCCUUUCUGGGUGACACAGUCACACCCACACGCCACCAUAAUUCCUGAUAGAACUCUGCGAAGGAGCAGAAAGGAUCCUGGCAGUCCGCAGAGCUCAGGACAGUGCGGGGACAACACCGGGGCGGGAAGUGGAAAUGAUGGUGCAGUCUAUUCCAUUCUCCAGAGACAUCCACAUGCCGGUAACCGUGAACUAAUGUCAGCAGCGCAGGACCACAUCCAUAGGAAUGAGGUUCUCGGAGAAUGGACUUAUGAAACUGUGGCCCAGGAAGAGCCUCUCGGUGCACAUUCAAUGGGCGUCUCUUCUGUAGCUGGCACGUCUCACGCUGUCUCUGGCUCAAGCCGUUAUGAUUCCAAUGAAUUAGACCCGUCCCUCUCCGGAGAAAUGACAGCUUCCCUCUGUAAAAUGCUAACACGUGCAGAAGCACAGAGGACUGGAGACAGUAAGGAAAGAGGUGGCACUGAACAGUCACUUUGGGACUCACAGAUGGAAUUUUCUAAGGAAAGGCAAGUGAGUUCGUCCAUUGAUUUGUUGAGCACACAGCAGCCAAGACUCUCCAGGGCAAGGGCUGAGGAAGCGCUUUCAGCCCACUACAGCGAGGUUCCAUACGGUGACCCAAGAGACACAGGCCCAUCAGUCUUUCCUCCAAGAUGGGACGGUGGCCUGGAUGUCACUCCUGCUAACGAGGAAUCAGUGCAGAAAUCCACUCCUUCUGACACUUGCUGUGAGUUGGAGAGUGACUGUGACUCUGAUGAGGGGUCUCUGUUCACUCUGAGCUCCAUAAGUUCAGAGGGUGCAAGGAACAAGACUGAAGGGGCAGCGCCUGACGAGUCCCUGCAGGACGAGAGCUCAGGGGCAAGCAAGGACAAUGUGGCAGCUGUAAACAGUCUUGAGGACAAUGUCACCUUCCAAACAAUUCCAGGGAAAUGCAAGAAUCAGGAAGAUCCCUUUGAAAAACCUCUCAUUUCUGCUCCAGACUCUGGCGUGUACAAGACUCAUCUGGAAAAUGCCUCUGACACUGAUAGAUCUGAGGGCCCGUCACCCUGGCCCAGGUCACCAGGGAAUAGUCCCUUAGGGGAUGAGUUUCCGGGCAUGUUCACUUACGAUUAUGACACAGCUCUUCAAUCCAAGGCAGCAGAAUGGCAUUGCUCACUUAGAGACUUAGAAUUUUCAAAUGUGGACGUUUUACAACAAACACCACCAUGUUCUGCUGAAGUUCCAUCAGAUCCUGAUAAGGCUGCCUUCCAUGAAAGAGACUCAGACAUUUUAAAAUAAGAAUCUUUCAUUGAGAAAAUAUUCACAGCUCUAAACAUAUUCCUUUAAAGAUCAUGGCAGGGGAAAACUAAAACCUUCACAACAAGAUCCUGAAGGAGACAACAUGAAUUCCAACCAGGUGGACACUGAUGCAAAUGAGGGUUUUGUAGGUCCACUUGAGGACGAUGAUUCUAGAAGGGUUAUAAGCUAAACACACUUGUUAACAUCCUGUGGGGAUAAACCUGCUCUUCAGUGUGAAAGAGAAAGAGGGGAAUAUUUUGAGAUCAUUCCAAGAACCAUGCACCAUUAUUACAAGAGCUCCCAAACAAAACCAGUUCACUGAGAACACAGCAGCACUUCAUCAAUAGGUUGGGGUAAAUAUUCAGAAGAGAAUCUGUUGCAGUUAGACAAAAUGAUUCUAACUUUCCUUCUUAAAUACAGACCUGGAGGAAUCUGAUGGGAUUUGGCUUUCUGAAAAGAACAGCUUUAGGAUGACAAAGACAAGGAUGUUCAACUUGAUCAUCAAAGAUAAUUCAAAUGACAUUUUUUCAUACAUAUGGAAGCACUUAAGUGGAAAUGCUGGAUAGAUUUUAAUGAAUUCUGAACACACACUAGCACAGCUUUUUGGAGGCUGAUCGUGAAACUGCAAAAUUGGAAAAAUUCUGAGUAAUUAUAAAUGUUUUUAAGUAAGUUAAAAGAGAAGAGUGACAACUUUUUAGAACAAAGUGUAAAUUAAAAAUCAAUUUUCAAGAAAAGAAUUGAUGAUUUCCAUAAAGAAAAAGAUUCUCUGGCAUAUCCUUGCCUAGUCCUUCCUUGGCGUGACUCACUACACUCUAGCCAUCAUGAGCUGUGUCCUUCUGUUCAUGCUCUGCUUCACAAUAUUUUCUCGUCUUCCUUCCUGACAUUCCCCUCUCUGCUUGCCCUCUUAAAGACAGCACUCCUCAAGGGUUUUGGUUUGUUCCUAGUCUUUCUUUAUGAUUCCUUUCUCCUUGAACCCCACUGCCUCAGCAACUGGCUCUACACAGAUACGCCAGAUCUGCAUGGCAAGCCCUACCUCCCUCCCAAGCUCCAGACUCGCAUUCUCAACCCUAGUUGCCCAAAUUCAUAUAGGUCAUCUGAGCACCUAAAAUUCAUUGUUGUUUUUUUACAAAAUAAUAAUAGACUCAAAGUUUCCCUAUAUUGCCCAGACUAGUCUUGAACUCUGGGGCUCAAGCAGUCCUCUUGCUACAGCCUGUCAAAGUGCAGGGAUUACAGGCAUGAACCACUGU